AUGUCAGAUUUCAAAGUUAAAGCUGGUUUGGCGCAAAUGUUGAAAGGUGGUGUUAUUAUGGAUGUGGUGAACGCUGAACAAGCCAUUAUUGCUGAGAGAGCCGGUGCUUGUGCCGUGAUGGCUUUGGAACGUAUACCUGCCGAUAUGCGGAAAUCGGGUCAAGUGUGCCGGAUGUCGGAUCCUAAGAUGAUCAAAGAGAUCAUGGCAAGUGUUUCGAUUCCAGUGAUGGCCAAAGUCAGAAUUGGACACAGCGUUGAAGCCCAAAUUUUGGAAGCACUUGAGAUCGACUAUAUAGACGAAAGUGAAGUGUUAACACCAGCCGACAAAGUGCAUCAUAUUAACAAAAGUGCGUUUAAAGUUCCGUAUGUGUGUGGUGCUAAGAAUUUGGGCGAAGCACUAAGACGUAUUAACGAAGGUGCCGCCAUGAUUAGAACUAAAGGUGAGGCUGGUACCGGAGACGUCAGUGAAGCGGUUAACCACAUUACCAAGAUUCGUGAAGAGAUCGCAUGGGCUUCCGAAAACUUGGUCACAGACCAGGAUUUCGAAACCAAAGCACAAGAAUUGAGAGUUCCAGUGGAACUUUUGAAAGAUACUGUGAAACAAGGUAAAUUGCCCGUGGUCAAUUUUGCUGCAGGCGGUGUCGCUACGCCAGCUGACGCUGCGUUGCUCAUGCAAUUGGGUUGUGACGGUGUCUUUGUGGGUUCUGGUAUUUUCAAGGCUUCUAACCCAGAAAAACUCGCCAGAGCCGUUGUUCAAGCUACGACUCAUUACCAAGAUCCUGUCAAGUUACUAGAAGUUUCGACGGACUUGGGUGAUUUAAUGGCAGGUAUCAGCAUUGAUAGUAUUAACAAAGCUAAUGGUACCAGAUUGUCUGAAAUUGGAUGGUAA